AUGAAGUAUUUUGAAGUUUGUGUGAAGCAACUUCUCGACACAUUAACAGAUGUUGUCCAACGAAGAGGGCAUCUCUUAAGAAGCCAAUUAUCUUCAUACGAAGCAUCUACUAUGCAACAAAGCAUAGUAGAUCCUUUCACAAACAGCGUCGUUCAAAGUUGGUUGCUUGAAAGUGAGCACAAUCAAGCCCAUUUAUUUGAUGCAUCAAUCAAUUCUAACCAACUCAGGUAUUCAUGGGUUAAUAAGCUUCCUCAAGUACAGUUGUUGGUGUAUAAGAUGAUGGGAGCUUGA